CAAAAAAUAGUACAACAGCGCCUGUGGAAGUGAAAAGAGCAUGUUUGAAGGAAUUUUGCGUGGCUAAAAAUUGCAGUUUGCAGUACAUAGAAUAUAUAGAAAACACCAUGGUUCUAAAGUGUCAAGUUCAUUUGGAUAACCCAAAACGUAUUUAUGCACCCGGCGAUAAGCUCACCGGCCAUGUGCUGCUAACAAUGGAGGUACGCCUGAUUAUCAAAGCGUUUGCCAUCAAAUAUUCGGGUUUUGCAGAAGUGAAAUGGGAGAGAAUACUUCCACCGAAGAAAGUUAAGAAAAUAAAUGAACAAAAUGAGUCGGAGCAACCCUCAGACAUUGGACCUCCUAUUGAGCAGUGCAUUGAAGUUUACAACAAUCGAGAAGACUUUUUGUCCAAUGUAAAUUAUUUUGUCGGUUCCGAGGAAGCAACAGGCAGAAUCAUUGAACGUGGCACUUACACAUAUCCAUUUUGCGUUGCACUGCCGCAAAGCUGUCCAUCCAGUUUUGAAAGUGCCAACGGUCACAUACGCUAUAUGCUUGAGGUAUUCAUCGACCAUAAGAACAAACGUGAGGUAUGGUAUACACAGCAAUUGCAAGUGCUCAAGCCGCUCGAUCUGCGUCGAUACCCAGAAAUCGCCGAAAAAGCUUGUGAUGUGCUCGUCGAAGAGAAUAUGCCUUGGCAUUUUUUCAAACACCCCUUGAAAAUGUGUGUAAACUUACAGCAGUUUGGGUAUGUGCCCGGUGAAGAACUUUCAGUACACGUAUCCAUAGAAAAUUCCGAUAACUUGCGUUUACACGAAUUAACCUAUGAGCUGCAACAAAUUUCUUGCAUAACCGCCGCGCAUGGUCACAAGAAAACUAAAACCAAAUACUUCCACACCACUUUGGCGAAAGCUGUACACUUCUUCUAUGGUCUACGGGAAAGAAACGAGCAACAUUUGCAAACCUUUUUCUUGCCACAAACUGUGCCGAAUACCGAUCCAGCCGAUUGUCAGUGCUUGCAAAUAAGUUACGAGUUGAGUGUGCAGCUGAGCACGAACAAUACGAAACGUUCGUUGCAAGCAAAGAUACCGAUCGUUGUGGGCACCAUAUCCCUGCGGGCACCGCAAGAAGUUCAGGCACUUUCUGGCACAAUGCCAACGGCGGUCUCUGCAAUGCACAGCGUGGAGAAUUUGCCAAUGAAAUGCAGGGAGUUUGAUGUGCCGACAACAAGGGAACCUCAAGAUUGUUUUGCGGUGGCUACAGCACCUGAGCCGGAAUCUCCCAUACAAAGUGCUUGUGAAUUAAAUUUGCGCUCCAUGUCCUUCCGCGAAGCAGAACAUUUGCCGAAAACGAAAUUCAACGCAGAACCAAAAAAAUCCAAAUUCAAUAAGGAGCAAACCGUUUUUCAACCAACAUAUCUUUACUAUGACAUAGAUAGUCUGCCAGGUGUGCAAAAUGCUGUCGCCACUACGACAACUGCAGCAGCACUGCCAAGCGCUACAGAGGAGCUUCAAAACAAUGCCAGCGAAGAUCAAACCCCUGAAAAUACCGCUACGCCUACCUGGGAUUGUGCAAAAUUUAAAAAGAAAAGGAAGGAACGUAAAAGUAUUAUAGACGGAUCUUCAUAAGCGAUUAUA